AUUCAACCUAAACAGUCUCAAGCAGGUUGCUGACAUUUUCCCUACUACCACAUGCAUCAACUUCUGCGAUCUGUGCGAGAUGACUGGGAGCCUGUCUCGUGGGAAGAUAUUAUAGUAUUGCUACAACGGUAUGGAUUCGAUAGGCAGGCAGCACUAAACAUGAUGAAGUUACGUAGAGAACUUGAUCAAGCUAAAGAAGCGACGAUUGUAAUAGAAUAUCCAGAAGCAAACCAUUUACACUUUGAAAGCUUAGGGAGUUUAAAGAAAUAUUCUCUUGGAGAUAUCGUUCAGUGGCCAUCAUUAAAGAAAGUGACUGUGAACGAUUGUCCCAACAUAACAAAGUUUGGUUUGGGAAGAACAAAAUCAGUAAUCUUGGAAAACCAAGCGUCUCUGGCAGAUAUUUUUGAAUCAUUGAAUGAUGAGUUUUCAACGAUUGUUGAAUAUGAGAUUGGUGACACUGAGGAAUUACACAAAAGAAUGCAUAACCUUCAACCUUCACAUUUCACCAACCUUGUAGUGUUUCGAGCAAAAAACUGUGAUGAAAACUUGACUACAUUAAUAUAUAUUUUGAUGAAGAGGUCAAAAAAGCUUCAAAUUAUUGAAAUUCAGUGUUGUAAAACAUCAGGAUAUCUAUUUGACGAUUUGGAUCCUACUCUUUUGGAUGAAAAGUUUAAGUAUUUGAGAGAAAUAAAGGAAUUAAAGGUAAUCCAAGUAUAUGAGAUGGUGUCAUUAUGCCGUUGGGAUGUUAAAGAAUAUUUUGACUUCAAAAGUCUGCAAAUUGUACACCUCAAAAGUUGUCCCUCUGUAAAGGUUCUCUUCUAUUCAUCAUCCUUUUCCACAGGGCUUUCCGAACUAAAGGAAUUAAAGUUAGAGGCAUGUGAGAAUUUAGAGGAAGUAGUUUACUACUAUACAUAUUCUUCUUCUUCUGUGUUCUUCCCAAGAUUAAGUAAAGUGGAGGUAAAGUCUCUCUCAAAAUUCAGGAGGUUUUCAAAAUUUUGUGAAUUUUUCUUAGAUCCAACGAAUAACACUUUACCUGAGUUGGAUGAAUUGAGAUUAGAUGGUUGUGACGUGUUGCUCUAUGUAGCCUCCUUUGAGACACCGCCCGAGAAGAUGAAAUUGAAGAAAGUCUUUGUGAGUAAUUGCUAUGCAUUGAAAAUGGUAAUACUGGUGAAGGAAAUACCUAACUCUAUAGAGCUCCUCCACGAAUUAGAUGAAUUGAUUUUGAUUAAUCUUCCUAAUUUAACUCACAUCAUCGACAAAGAAUGUGUUAGGUUAUAUCAAAAUCUACGUACUCUACAAGUAGAAAGAUGUGGGUUUCUUCAUUGGUUGCCAAUUCCUCUAACUUUAACAAAUAUGAAAAUUUUGGAUUGUGAUUCCUUGCAUAAGACCGUGGUCAUCAGAAAAGAAAAGGAAGAAAAAGAAAAAGUCAUUUUUUCUCAAUUAAAGGAGGUUAUUCUUCAAAAUCUAACAAAUUUGUAUACUGCAUUUCCUUUUGGGUCAGAAUUUCCAUCCUUGGAAAUACUGAAAAUAACAAAUUGUCCUUCUCUAAUGACAUUUGUUGAAGAACACAAUGAUUUGAAAGAGCAUAAAGAACAAGCUCUUUCAACAAGUUUCUUUCCAAAUUCGUUGUCAUUGGAAAAGUUGAAGGUGCUUUAUAUAAUAGAUCAAGAUAUUAAAGAGCUUUGGCACUAUAGUUUGUCUUCUGAAUCAUUUUGUCAGAUAGAAAAUUUGACUUUAAGCAACAAUAAUAAAUUGUUAAGUGUCAUCUCUUCUAGACUGAUCAUAAGAUUCAACAACAUGAAAGAUUUCACUUUAGACAAAUGUGAAUCAUUGAUUACAAUAUUCAUUCUUGAAGAUGAUCAUCCUAUGCAAGAAAUGUUUCCUCAACUGCGGAAAAUAUCAUUGAGCAACCUAAAUAAUUUGAAAUUUAUAUGGAACAAAGAACCUAAUGUUCCAUUCUUCUCAAAUUUGGCGUCACUUUUCAUUGUCCAUUGUGAUAGCAUUGAAAGUUUAUUUUCACUUUCUUCCUCCAAAUAUCUUAAGAAACUCAAAUUACUGAGGCUGUAUAGUUGUAAAGAACUAAAGCAAGUGAUCUCGAGUGAUGAAGAUGAAAAUGCAUCUACCAAUUUUCCCCAAAUGAAAUGUCUAGUAUUGAAGGAUCUUCCAAAGUUGGUGAAUUUCAGUCAUUAUCAUGGAACUCUUGAUUGGCCUAGUUUACAAACUUUAAGGGUUAGCAAUGUUCCAAGUAUGAAAAUAUUUUCAAGAGGCAACAUCAACACACCAUUGUUGAGAUCAAUAGAUAUAACAUUUAUUAAGAAGCUUUGGUUUGAAAAUCUAAAUAAGACUAUAUCAUUUAUUUACAACAAUCCAGAAUUAAUUAAAGUGACUCAAAUAAAAAAAGAGGAACAACUUCAACAACAAGACAACAAUGGAUAAAAGAAUGAACAUUAAUCUCUUGAGAAUCGAGACUUAGGAUUACUCUUUGUGGCGACCUCUUCAAGAUUAAGCGAUGAAUUUAUCAAUUUAAGUGAAUUUUGGCAUAUAAAUUUCUGGGAGCUCCAAUGGUGCUCUCAUUAGGCGCGUACUAAGCUUGUCGAGAGAUUUAUUAAGAGAAUUAUCCUAGUGCUACUAUCGUUGGACAAGUUUUCCAGUCGCUAACCGAGUGGAUGAUCUUGCUGAGCAAGACUAAAAGAGUGAUUCAAUUAAUGCCAUGAUAAAUUGUUUUAGUGGAUUUGAGUCAUAUGAGAAGUAUUGACCGUAUAUAUAAGUGUAUGGAUGAUACUAUGUAUGGUUGGAAUAUAGAUGAGAAUGAACUAUAGGGGUUCAAAGAGGUUCUGGUGAAAAGCUUUUUUUGAAGUUUUAGUGACUUGUAUAGAAUUUACCUUGUGGGUUAUUGUUAUACAUCACAAGUGUUAAACUUCCUUUUAGUCCAACAUGAAUGUGUUUUAUUCAAAUAAUAGAGUCUAGAAUAGUGUCUUUUGAUGUGAUUGGUGUUCUAAGAUUGUGUUAUUGACUUGGCUUAUCAAUCUUACUUGUUUAAUGAUUAUAUGAUAAAUUCUUUUGUGCAUUAGUUUAUCCAUAUUUUUGCUUAUGU